GUCCAAUUCAGGCUCCAGCUCCAGCUGGCGUUCCACGGUCCACCAGGAGUAAAAUACAGUUACCAAUGCACCUACCGUAUCUGUUUCGUUCUCUUUCUGAAUCAGAAAGCACUACGUUGCUCUUCUACUGAACUUCUUCUGUCCAUUGAACGGCUUGCUCAACCCGAGUUGCUCCAUCCAACUGCGAAGCGCGGCCAAAGCAAGGUGUGCGAAGAGGUCCUUCUGUCCCUUUGAGGCAGCUUACAGUGGAAGAAGUCCGGAUCCCCUUAGCUACGCUGCAUUAAGGGCAAGAAAGAUAUGGCAACAAACGGGGCUGCAGACUAUGUCAUCGAUUGGUCCAGGAAUGACGACCGAGACCCUGGUUACGAGGGCCUUAACCCAGAUGUCUGGAUCCAAGAGAGUACGCAGUUCCCAGGGGAGAAGGAACUGGUUGUGAAGGCUCUCAUUCCCAAGGGGGAGAUUGUGUUUACCGGGCACUAUCUCCGGGACCGCAAGGGAACGAUCCUGACCGUCGAUCAACUGGAAGCGCUCCCCCUGGAGAAGCGGGAAGAGUUUCUACAUUGGGCGGUGCAGAUCUCGGACCACGAGUUUCAAGCGGCGACGGUCCGUGAGGACGGAGUGCCAGAGGACUUUGCGGCGUUCAUGAACCACAGCUGCGACCCGACCAUCUGGUUCCACCCCAACGACUGGACCAUGCUCGCGCGCCGCGACCUACACCCCGGGGACCUCAUUCUCCUCGACUAUAGCACGGCAGCCAACUCGUCCCCUAUCACGUACCUGAGUGACGUCAAAGUGAUGCCAUGCUUGUGCGGGACGAAGCGGUGCCGCAAGCUCCUGCGGAAGGACGACUAUUUGAACAAAACCAUGUGGGAACAGUACGGGUCCCAUUGGGCGCCUAGUGUGUAUCAGAUGUGGAAGCGGGACGGGAUCGCGCCGCCGCAAGGGACGGGGCUGCCCCACCUCGAGGAGUAGGGGAAAAGUGGAUGUGACGUAAGCAAUGAUGAUGUGUUGGUAAUGAUGACAAGGCGUGGUUCGCACGUGGGUGGUGACGUGCGCUUUGUGUGUGAGCGUAUGUGCAUUGUGCCUAGCAAACUGUGGAGCUGGUAAUGCGAAACCUUUGUGUAAGUUGGUGAAUUGAGAUCUUUCCGUAUCAAAGUCGGUGACUUCAGACCCUUCGAGAUUCUGUAAGUUGGUAGUUCCGGACCUUCUACAGUUCUGUAUUUAUAAGAUGGGCGGGGUUCGGUUGAUAAACGCAGCCUGUGACGGUUGACCGGAGAAACUUCCAAGUCUCCUAUGGUUCGGAUCAGGGGCUGAUGUGCUGUCGAUAGGUUUUUCCAUUUUUGUUGUAAGUCAAGUCAAGCUAAGUUCGUAGUACGGGCCUCCCACCGAGACUGUCUAAUCCAUCAUCAUUCAAGUACUGACGGGUUCAAUGCCGGAACACCGUAGUCACUAUGGUAACUUCUAGCUCAUAACGCCCCAUUACUGACCAUUUGAGAGCUAUUACUUUCCAAGAGUCAAUCAAGACUAAGAUGCUGACUUGUUGAGAUCGAAUUGCCGUCGAUUUGCGGCCGGAC